AUGAGCGAAACAAAAGGCUCGUCGACUGGGGAGCGCGAGCCACCGCCGUUGACGCGGGCGACGAUGGCAAGAGCGCUCGAGUAUCUUGUGCCUCCGAGCAGCGAAGGGAUGCCAGGAUUCCUCCUGUCGUCGCAGCAAAAGCUUCGGCACCUCUAUCUCGACAUCGAGGCACACAACGACCCCGCGUCCUACUACUGCCUGACGCCGGAUCAUCCAUCCCAGGACGUGAGGUCGCUGCUCUCGACGCUCGAAGAGCUCUCGACCCGUCCACAGCGACCAGAGGAAUUACUGGGCGAGGUUGUGUAUUGCAUUGAUGAGGAGCUCCUCACAGCGCAUGUGAUUCUUGGCCAGGCCAUCCAAGUCGUUUUUAGCUCGGAAACAGACGACGAAUUAGGUAUCGCCGAAUGGAAAUAUCUCGACGUCAAGGCACUCCCAGUGUCCUCGCCGUCCUAUACGUCUGUCCACGACGCCCUCCUUGUGCGUGGCCGGCGGACGACGAACACCAAGCGAGGUCAGCAACGUUCGACGAUUGGGUCUGCACUCGAUAGUCCUAUCGGUACAGGAGGAGGUGAAGACUCGUACUGGUCGCGAUACGACAACGUUGCGCCCUCAGUUUCCAACGGUCAUCCAACGACAAACGGCAAGCUAAACGUGCCGUUUUUGCGCAAUGGGAGCGCAGCGGGACUCAGUCAGCGCAGUUCCUCACCACGACGAGAGGAUGCGUACUGGGAUCGAUAUGGGUACGAUUCAGACGACGAUGAAGAAGGUGCCGCGCACUCGUUGACCGUUCCGGCCCGGGCAGAGUAUUCGCUCUCUCAUCAUCAACCACUAUGGUCGACGGCGACUGUGCCCGGAGGAGGAAUAUCACCGGAAGAUCUCUCAGAGGCGCUAGCGAUGCAUAUCCAGCCCGAACCCGAACAAGAGAGUUCGUCAGAGGAUAUUGCGCAAGGCCCGUCCAUCGAGUUGGAGACACCACCACAAAUCGAGAAUCCGAUUCCGACUGCGAUCAACUUGGAGUCUCCCCUUUUGGACACGCGCAUAUCGCGACUUGCGAGUGUCAAGGCUAUCCACGAGGAUGAACAGCAACUUGGAGGUGUCGUGGAGAAAAAGGAGAAUGGACGAGGGGAUAAAGCAGCGUCGGAUGCGAUUCGUGGUGUGUUUGCGCUUUGGAAGAGUUUUGGCCAGACUCAGGCUCCGGUGGAUAUGGAUGAGAAGCAGAGGUUUCUUGCACUUGUCGCGCAGUCUAUUGCUGAUUUGUAG